CAUAAGGAAGUGGUGAAAUGUGGGAGGAGCUUCACUGAAGCACAGUUUCACAUUCCUGUGUUGGGCUUGAGAAGGUUUUUGCCAGUUUUGACAAGAGGAAGUAUCUUAAUCAACACUGUAAUGGACAUCAUUGAACCAAUCCUAGCCAUAGCAGAGAAGCUGUAUGGCCUGUGUGAGGAGGUGAAGGCCAACAAGAAGCGCUGCCAGCGUCUAGCUCGCCGUGUGUCCGCUUUGACUGAGCUAGUGAAAGCUGUGAAGGAUCGAGGCUUUGGCAAGAAGCCUGAGCUGGUAGAAAGUGGGCUUCGUGAACUUAAACAGACCCUGGAAUUAGCAGAGGGCGUUAUGAGGAAAUACACUACCAACAAUUAUCUGAAACGCAUCACAAAAGCAUAUCACUUCGGCGAGGAGUUCAUCUUACUAAAUGAAAGACUGAACGAUGCUGCUCAGUUACUUUCUCUAGUGCUUCAGGUUGAGCAUAGGGACUGCAUAGACAAAGUGUUUCAAGAGGCAACCAGGCUACAGGAAGAUGAAGAGGACAGGCAGAGCGACUGUCUGGAGCUUCGCAAUUUGCUCCAGUCUGUAGUCCAGGACACUAGAGAAACAAACACGAUGGUUGAUGCUGUACACAGGACAGUUGACCAAACGCAAAGAGAUGUGCAGGAUAUUAAGGAUAUCGUGGAAUCACUGGGAAAACCCAGUGUGUAUCUACAGGACAUCAGAGAGAUUAAACCAGAAGAACUGACCUAUGACUUCCCUAUUAUGCCCAUUAUGAAAUCCAGCCAUUAUGAGCUAUACAAAGGGACGUACAACAAGUUCACUGUGGCUAUCAAGAGAUACACAUGUCUAUUGACCUGCCCCAGUGAGUUGAGGAGUAUUUUUAACAAGGAAGUAGAGACCAUGAAGCGCUUUGAGUCACCUAACAUCUUAAGAAUGUUUGGGAUCUGUGUCCAGGAUGAGAAUGGGCCAAAUCCAAGCUACCUGAUAGUCAUGGAAUACUGUGAGAAGGGAAGUCUUAGACAAGUAUUGGACAGUAACUGCAAUCUGCCCUGGGAUAGAAAGACUCAAAUGUGUCUAGAUGCAGCACAGGGACUCUACAGAUUACAUCAGACAGAGAAGAAGUCUAAAGUACAUGGUUCCAUAAAAAGCAGCAGUUUCCUAGUGGCCGCUGGUUACAGAGUGAAGUUGGGAGGUUUUGAGUUGGCAAAAACAGAAACUUCUCUUCAGAAGAAUAAACACAAAAAGAACAGCUCCUUAAAUUAUAGCUCUCCACAACAGCUUCAGAGUGUCAACCAUCGCUAUGACAAGGCGUGUGAGAUCUACAGUUUUGGCCUUGUCUUGUGGGAAAUUGCAACCCGACAGGUUCCUUUUAAAGACUGCUCAUCCCCCAGUCAGAUCUACCAAAAGGUUUUUGUAGAAAAGGUAAUCGAGCCACUUCCCUCAGACUGUCCCAGACAGCUAGAAGAGCUUAUCAAUGCCUGCCGAUCCUUUGAUCCCUUCCAAAGACCAACAGCAGGAGUGUUGGUGGAUAAGCUUUGCAAACUGGUGGAAGAGGAGUGACAACAGAACACCUUUGUGUCUCUGUCAAAGUGUGAAUAUCAGAUGAGGAUGUGGAUGCAAUCGCUCAUACUGUACAUCUGCCUAGCCAAAGCAUGUGUAUUUGGCAAAUGUAUUUUUGCAUUUCCUGGCUGGACAUGAGUAUUAAUUCACUUCAAGAAUUUUUUAUUCUCUCCCCUACAAAAUAUGAACAACAAAAAAACUAGCUGACACAAAAAUGAAAAUUCUGACAUUAUGUAGCUCCCCCCAAAAAUUCAAUAAAAAAAUACAAUAAUAGUAAUAAAAAUACAAAAAUAUAAAACCAUAGUAAAUGUAAUUGAUACGACAUACGAUAUACAACAGUAUAUUCCAAGUCCAGUGAUCACUUUGUGAUUUUUACUCUCAAAUCCCCACUUAUUCACCUAAUUUAGUAUUUCUUUAUUUCUUUUGUUGCUUAUAACCUGUAAUGUUUCUAUUAGUGAAUCGACUUCAGUUAAUAAUGUUACAUUUGCCUAUACGUAGCUGGUAUUGUUACUACCGCUGCUGUUUCUAUUACUAAUUGCAUAUCAGUGUAUAGCAGUAAUUCUCAUGCCAUUUACAUUUAUGCAUUUGGUCUGUAAUUUUAUCCAAAGGUUAGGAUAUAGUUUUUUUAAUUUAUUUUAUUUUUUUUCAGGUGAUCCAUCAUGUGAAAUUGCUCAACAUACCGCAGACAGGCUUCUUAUGAUUAAAAUACAUUUGUUGCACUUCUUACAAUAUCUAACAGGUACCACACUGGAUACUAGAGUAAGAGCUCAUGUCACUCUGUCCCAUACAGUUACAGCAGCCUGCUGCAUUUUUUGUGGAUGUGAUAUACAGAAUCUCAUGCACAUUUUAAUUUACAACCUUGUAGGAAGGUUAUUAGAAAAUAUUAAAUAUAAACUAAUUCUAAUUUUAAAAUGAGUGUUUCUACCUACGCCUGUUUUGCAGGGAGGCCACAAGUUCCUUAAAAAAUUGUAUUAAGCUUUUUUAAAAGAUAUUAAAUUUUUUGUGUAGCGCAAAUGUAUUGUUAUUUUUAAAUCAUGUUUUAUAUAUAAAUUGUUACUUUUACUGCAAAUAAAAAUGUUUGGUGUAGGCCUAAUGUAAAAAAUAUUAUUGAGAGUUUAUUAUAAAACAUAGACUCUUCACUAAUGUCUUUAAAGGCUGCUGGUUUAUUACAUUUUAGAACCUCUGGAUUUUUAUUAGACCUGAAUCAAUACGUGAAUAAAUUAACGUUAGGUUAUUAGCUUUGAUUUACCUUGGAGCAAAUCUAGGUGUCCUUGCUGAUGUUAUAAAUGUUAAUUUGGGAAUGAGGGCUGACACAGUAUAAUCCAUAGCAUGCUCUUCUCGAGAUUUAAAGAUUUUUUUAAAAGAAAGAAAAAACGGUGUGUAUCCUCUCUAGGUACCUCAUGUUACUCUUAUAAAUGAGAAACGAGAAUGAAUGCAUGGUCAAAGUAUCUAACCUGAUACCAGUUUUGUAACAAACUCAUUCUUUUUUAUGUUACAUACUGUACAUAUAUACAUUUCACAAGGGCUAUCUUAAAAAAAAAAAAAAAAAAUAAAAAACUUUUUAUACAUUCAUACAA